AUGGGCAUCCCAGGAGUCCUCAUGCGCCUUUCUGAAGGCACCUCUUCUACCGUGCUUCCUCUUCCCGGCAUCGCGGCUAUCUACACGCUUAGGGCAGACGACAACGAGAAGCCCAUAGCCAAUACAGUUUACUUUCUCAAUGAUAUCUCACCACUUCUUUCCUCCAGAGAUCAGUACGAUGCCGACUCGGAUAAACACAGUGACGUGUCUUGGAUCAUAUGCUCUUUCAUCAACGGGAGAGAUGCCCCAGGAGAUGAGGAGCCGCAGAUAGAACCACACAAACUGCCAGUACCCGCUGCCCAAGGAUCUGUUCUAGUUGUCAAUGGGUCAACUCCACAAUCAGACAAGGAAGCCGACUAUCAUGCAUGGUACGACCAGGAGCACGGGGGAAAAUUGACACGAGUGCCAGGCUGGACUGCAGCAAGGCGAUACGCGCUCGUCAAGUCCUACGGCCCUUCCCAGACAGCUAGUUUCUAUGGUUUCAACUUCUACAAGGAGGAAAACGGGCUGGGUGGGCCAGAAUGGCAGGCUGGUGUGACCGACUGGACAUUACGCAUCAGGAGCAAUGCGGCUAAACCGAAUAUUCGGAGAGUGUGGGAAAUAGUGGCGACCCAGUGA